AUGAGGCCCAGUGGAAUGCAUUGCUCCUUGGCCCUGCUGGCCCUCUCCGUGGUUCUGUGCAGCCACGCCACCGCCUCACAUCCAGAUCAGAACCGGGACCUCCGACACAGCAGGCUCCUCCAGAGAGCACGCGCCGCCGCGGCCAUGGCAACCCAGUGGAGCAAACGAACCGUGGAGGACCUGCUAUCCCAGAUGUCCCUGCCUGAGACGGAGGUUCCUGAGGAGAGCGAGGUCUCUAUGGCCGAGCUGAAGGGAGACCUGGACCUGGACCUGGACCUGGACCUGGAGCGCCCCGCGGAGCCCAAGUACCUGCCCCCCCGGGCGCGCAAAGCUGACUGUUUCUACUGGAAGAGCUUCGCCUGCUGAGACCCCCCGCCCACACCAGCGCAUCACAUG